AUGACCAAUGCACUAGAAAACGUACCGGUGUACAAUAAGACACCCUUGAUCCGUGAAUUCUUGUCGACUGACCCAGAAUCUCCACAGACAUAUAUUAAAUAUGAAACAUUACAGCCUGGAAGAAGUUUUAAGAGUAGAGGUAUUGGAACAUUAAUACGCUCUAGGGUAAAUGAAACCAGAAAAUCGGGUAAUAAGUCUGUCCAUGUGUUUUCUAGUUCGGGAGGUAAUGCUGGUUAUGCUGCAGCUGUAACAUGUAGUAGACUAUCUUUACCUUGUACGGUUGUCGUUCCUCUAACUACUAAGAUUCAUAUGAUUAAAAAAAUCAGAGAUGUGGGGGCAGAGGUAGUUGUUAUUGGGGAACAUUGGAAAGAGGCAGACUCACACCUAACUAAUGAGAUUAUUGGUAAAAUUGACAAAAGUAAGACUGAAGCAAUUUAUGUUCAUCCAUUCAACGAUCCUGUUAUCUGGGAAGGACACUCUACCAUGGUUGAUGAAAUUGUAGAGUCUCUGAAAGAAGAUAAAAUUGAUUUCUCCAGAGUUAAAGGUAUUGUUUGUAGUAUCGGAGGUGGCGGUCUUUACAACGGUAUUAUGACAGGGCUAUGCAGACAUAACUUAGCAGAUAAAAUUCCAGUAAUUGCUGUAGAAACCGUAGGUACAGAUGCUCUGUACCAAUCUUUGAAACGUGAUGAAAUGAUUACAUUGGAUAAGAUCCGCAGCGUUGCAAGCUCUUUGGGCUCUGUAUAUGUCACUCCAGAGACGUUUGAAUUUGCAAAGAAAUAUUCUACCAAGUCAAUAGCCUUAACUGAUGAUGAAGUUGUUAAGACGAGUUUGAAAUACACUGAUUUUUCCAACUACAUCACUGAACCAGCUUGUGCUGCGGCUAUUCAUUUAGGAUUCUAUCCUGAAAUUACAGAAAGAACAUUAGGUCAUAAACUUGACAAGAAUGAUAUUAUUAUCAUUAUUGCUUGUGGUGGAUCUACAUGUACAUACAAAGAUCUUGAAGAUAUGGCUGCAAACUUUUGA